GCGGCGACAGCCUCAGCGGCUCCUGCCCGCCUAGAGCCGCCCCUGGCCGCGGUCGCGGGUCCCCCACACCCCAGGGGCGGAGCGAGACGCCGAGACGUCAGGGCAGAGAACGAGCACGGGGCGAGCGCGCCCUCCCGGCAGCUGCCCGCGGCCCACGUCCCCGACUGGCGCGGCCGGCGGCGGCGGGGAGAUGCAGUUAGCGGCGGCGCUGGGGCGCAGCCAGGCGGCGGGGCGGGCGGGGGCCAGAGGCUGAGCCGGGCGAGCCAGCCGGGGCGAGCCAGCGGUGCGCACAGCUCUGCCCGCCACCCCCGGAGCGGACCCCGGCCGCCUCUGGGCUCUCCCCGGGGUUCUAGCCAAGCCCCCCGGGGUGCCCAUCAAUUUCGUCGGGUGACUUCAGCGUGUGUUUUGUUUUUCUUUCUUCUUUCCCUUGCCUGUGUGCCCUUCUCUAGGAUGGCAGAAGCGGAAUUGCACAAGGAAAGGCUGCAAGCCAUAGCAGAAAAAAGAAAGAGACAGACGGAAAUAGAAGGCAAGCGACAGGAGCUCGAUGAGCAGAUACUUCUGCUGCAGCAUUCCAAGUCCAAAGUGCUUCGGGAAAAAUGGCUGCUGCAGGGUAUACCCGCCGGAACUGCCGAGGAGGAGGAAGCCAGGAGGAGGCAGUCUGAGGAGGAUGAGUUCCGAGUCAAACAGCUUGAAGACAACAUUCAGAGGCUCGAGCAGGAAAUCCAAGCGCUAGAGAGUGAAGAGUCCCAGAUAUCUGCCAAAGAGCAAAUCAUCCUAGAGAGACUAAAGGAGACGGAAAAAUCCUUCAAGGACUUGCAGAAGAGCUUCUCCAGUACGGAUGGAGAUGCAGUAAAUUACAUUUCCUCCCAGCUCCCCGACCUGCCACUCCUCUGUUCACCAACAGCAGAACCAUCACCUGGGCAGGACGGGACCAGCAGAGCAGCUGCUGUGUACGCCAUGGAAAUUAAUGUGGAGACAGACAAACAAACAGGAGAGACCAAGAUUCUCUCUACAUCCACCAUUGGCCCAGAGGGGGUCCAUCAGAGAGGAGUCAAAGUCUAUGAUGAUGGUACCAAAGUAGUCUAUGAGGUGCACUCAGGAGGCACCAUAGUAGAAAACGGAGUGCACAAAUUAAGCUCAAAGGAUGUAGAAGAGCUUAUUCAGAAGGCUGGACAAUCAAGCUUAAGAGGAGGGCACGUGUCAGAAAGGACUGUGGUUGCAGAUGGGAGCGUCAGCCACCCUAAGGAACACAUGCUCUGCAAAGAAGCCAAGUUAGAAAUGGUACAUAAGUCUAGGAAAGAUCAUACUUCUGGGAACCCAGGGCAGCAGACCCAAGCCCCCAGCACUGAAGGGCCAGAGGCACACUUGGAUCAGCCAGUCACCAUGAUUUUCAUGGGCUACCAAAAUAUCGAGGAUGAAGAGGAGACUAAAAAGGUGCUAGGCUAUGAUGAAACCAUCAAGGCUGAAUUGGUCCUCAUUGAUGAAGAUGAUGAGAAGUCAUUGAGGGAGAAGACAGUGACAGAUGUGUCCACUAUUGAUGGGAAUGCAGCUGAGCUUGUGUCCGGGAGGCCCGUCUCAGACACCACAGAGCCCUCAUCCCCAGAAGGGAAGGAAGAGAGCCUGGCCACAGAGCCAGCCCCAGGAGUCGGAUGGGAGAACGUGCUUCUAAAGGGAGACGACACAACCUCUGAUGCCACAGAAACAUCCAGCGCAGACAUGACUAUCAAGAAGCCCCCCCAGCUUUCUGAGGAUGAUAUCCGGCUAAAAAGGGAGAGAGACAGCUGCAGUGCCAACCCCCUGCAGCCUGCUCCCAGCUCUCUUCCCCCAGACCACAAAAACAUGGAAAUUGAGGUCUCUGUUGCAGAAUGUAAAGGUGUUCCUGGAAUCACGUCUACCCUACAUUCCAUUGACCACCCCUCGCCUUUCUACUCGCCCCCGCACAAUGGCCUCCUCGCUGAUCACCACGAAUCUCUGGAUAAUGAUGUCGCCAGAGAGAUCCGAUAUCUAGACGAGGUACUGGAGGCCAACUGCUGUGAUUCUGCUGUGGACGGAACUUACAACGGCACGUCCUCCCCGGAGCCUGGAGCAGCCAUCCUGGUGGGCAGCUUAAGCCCACCUGCCCACACAGCCAGUCAGCCGGAACCCACUGAGAGAGCAGCUAGCAGGCAGGCACUUCCUCACAUUGAGCUCAGUAAAAGCAACUCUGCCACAAUGGCAGAGGGUGGAAGAGCAAAUGGCCACUCCCCUGACCAGCCCAGAGAUGUGCUGGGGGACAGCCUGCAGGCCCCCGUGAGCCCCAGCUCCUCCACCAGCUCCCGGUGUUCAUCCCGAGAUGGGGAGUUCACGCUCACCACGCUGAAGAAGGAAGCCAAGUUUGAGCUACGUGCCUUCCAUGAGGACAAGAAGCCCUCCAAACUCUUUGAGGACGAUGAGAGCGAGAAAGAACAAUACUGUGUCAGAAAAGUGAGGCCCUCAGAAGAGAUGCUAGAGCUGGAAAAGGAAAGGAGAGAACUCAUCCGGAGCCAGGCCGUGAAAAAGAACCCUGGCAUUGCAGCAAAAUGGUGGAAUCCUCCCCAGGAAAAGACCAUCGAGGAGCAGCUGGACGAGGAACAUCUGGAGUCGCACAAAAAGUACAAGGAGCGCAAGGAGAGAAGGGCGCAGCAGGAGCAGUUGCUCAUGCAACAGCAACAGCAGCAGCAGCAGCAGCAGCAGCAGCAGCAGCAGCAGCAGCAGCCCCCACCACAGCUCUGCCCAGCCCCUGCAUCCUCUCGUGAACGUUCGAGCAUGACUGAGAACAUGAAGGAGGACAUUGUCACGGAGCAGAUAGAUUUCUCUGCUGCUCGCAAACAGUUCCAGCUGAUGGAGAAUUCCAGGCAAACAGUAGCCAAGGGCCAGAGUACGCCCAGGCUCUUCUCUGUCAAGCCCUUCUACAGGCCUCUGGGGUCCAUCAACUCAGACAGGCCACUGACUCUCUCGAGACCAGCUUCUGCCAGGGGACCUUCAGAAGACAAUGGCACAUCGGCAGCCAAGGGGCAGAAAGCCAGCUGUGCCAUGGAGACCCAGUCUUUGGGAGGAGGCCAGGGCAGCGCAACUCCUCAGGGGAAGGAAGGGCCCUAUAGUGAGCCCUCCAAACGCGGGCCCUUAUCCAAAUUGUGGGCAGAGGAUGGAGAGUUCACGAGUGCCCGGGCCGUCCUCACGGUGGUCAAGGAUGAUGACGCUGGGAUUUUGGAUCAGUUUUCAAGGUCAGUCAAUGUCUCUUUGACCCAAGAGGAGCUGGACUCUGGUUUGGAUGAGUUGUCGGUAAGGUCCCAGGAUACCACUGUCUUGGAGACCCUGUCCAAUGAUUUCAGCAUGGACAACAUCAGUGACAGUGGGGCCUCCAAUGAGACAACCAAUGCCCUCCAGGAAAAUUCCCUGGCUGAUUUUUCUCUGCCCCAGACUCCCCAAACUGACAACCCCUCCGAGGGCCGGGGAGAAGGUGUCUCCAAGUCUUUUAGUGAUCAUGGUUUCUAUUCCCCUUGUUCCACGCUGGGAGACUCUCCAUCGGUUGACGACCCCUUGGAAUAUCAGGCUGGUCUCCUGGUGCAGAAUGCCAUUCAACAAGCCAUAGCUGAGCAAGUGGAUAGAGCUGCGUCUGAAAUAAAUGGUGGAGCUGAACAGCAGGGACCUGAAGCAACUCCAGAGGAAGCUGAGUCUGGGGCUUCCAGCUCAGAGAAGGCUCAGAGCAUGUUUGAGCCACCCCAAGUGUCCUCUCCCGUUCAAGAGAAAAGGGAUGUAUUACCAAAGAUUCUGCCUGCUGAAGACAGAGCGCUCAGGGAAAGAGGGCCCUCCCAGCCGCUGCCAGUAGUGCAGCCCAGUGGCCCAAUAAACAUGGAGGAGACCAGACCAGAAGGGAGCUAUUUCAGCAAGUAUUCGGAGGCAGCUGAGCUGAGAAGCACGGCCUCGCUCCUGGCCACUCAAGAGUCUGAUGUGAUGGUUGGGCCCUUCAAGCUGAGGUCAAGGAAGCAGCGGACUUUGUCCAUGAUUGAAGAAGAGAUUCGAGCAGCCCAGGAAAGAGAAGAGGAGCUGAAGAGGCAGAGACAAGUCUUGCAGAGUACCCAGAGCCCCAGGGCAAAGAACGCCCCAUCGCUGCCCUCCCGAACUCCAUGCUAUAAAACCGCCCCAGGGAAAAUAGAGAAAGUCAAACCUCCUCCAUCCCCCACACCUGAAGGCCCCAGCUUGCAGCCUGACUUAGCCCCCGAAGAGGCUGCCGGAUCCCAGCGGCCCAAGAAUCUGAUGCAGACCCUCAUGGAAGACUAUGAGACACACAAAUCUAAAAGGCGCGAGAGAAUGGAUGAUAGUAGUGUCCUUGAGGCCACAAGGGUUAAUCGAAGAAAGAGUGUGCUGGCCUUGCGCUGGGAGGCGGGGAUCUAUGCCAACCAGGAGGAAGAGGACAAUGAAUAAUAAACUUCCUUCCACCCAGGAAGCUUCAUUGGUGCUUGGGUUACCAAGAAACCAAGCAGUCAACACAUCAAAGCAUUUUAAUGGAAUAUUUAUUAAAGUGCAAACAAACUCAGCAAUCCUUAUGUAGACCAGAAGCUGCAAUAUACAAUGAUGAAAAAUAAAGGGAGAAAGAAGUCCACUCAUCAAACUCUAAUGCCCAUGAGUCAACCAGAGAAAAGACUUUUUGUGACUCAGAAAUCACCUGGCAUUGGACCAAUCCACGAAUUGAUCCAAAAGGACAAAGUUACAGACAAAUCAACAUGGUUGCUGCAGGCAGAACUGAGACCAGCUGGGUGGUGAGGAACAACAGUGGUGAUGGGGCCACUUAGUGAACAGUGGAGCCCAAGCUGAUGCAGUCUACAUGGCGUAGGCUAUUUCGCUGCACCAAGUUUCCCACCCAUCGUUCACAGCAUCAGAGAUGUUGGUUAACUCCAUUUUCUCCAGCAGCCAUAAAAUGAAUAAUGUUUCUCUCUCUAUUUGCCUAGAAGAGGCGGUUAUGAUUCCAUUUCUCUUACAUGUAAUUGUUUUUAGCUGGGAGCAAUUAAUGAUCGCAAUACAUAAAAUCCAUGUUUUUAAGACACUAUUUCUUCAUGUAGCAAACACAAUCUAUUCUACAUUAGGAGGUUGAGAAAGGGGGAGAAAGCCAAACCAAAUGGAUUAUUUUAGCUUUAGGAUCUCAUCUGCUUAUCAUAUUGACUGAUCUGCAGUUUAUGAGAACACAUUUCCGUAAUUAUGUUUCUUCAUAUGAAAACUAUAUUUAGUGGGCAACAACUAUUUUUAUGAGGGGGUGGGGGAAUAUAUUCAUGUAUGAAACCUGUACACAUCGAACAGCUGUGUUCAAGAUGGUAGGGGUAUUUUUAGAACGGCAAUAACUGAAAAAAGGGUGAACUCUGCCUUAGAGAGGUAGAUGACAAGAAACAAAAAGGUGUUUAUAUUUUAUAGUAUAAAGUGGACUUAGGAGUGGUAGGGAGAAUGCUAGCUUAUUUUGGAUCAAUCAGAAAUGAAAUGUAAAGAAAGGUCAUGAAGGUAGAGAGAGAAGAAAGGAGCAAGAAAGAGUGGGAAAAUUAGGAAGUAAGAGAUUAUUUUUGUUGAACAACCAGUGUUUUUCAGGAUGAUACAGAGGAAAAUAUAGGAAUUUAAGUGCAGGCUUGGAAUCAGCUACAAAUCCUAAAGAUGGUGUGUGUGUGUGCACGCGCAUGUGUGCCUUUGUGUGUUUGUGUAAAGUGUGUAUGCUCAUGAGUAAGGGUGUGUGUGUGUGAGAGGCUUAAAAUUCCAGAAUGACCACGGGACAAGGGUGUACAGUUAUUUCCUCCAAAGCUGUUUGCCAGCGUCAGGAGCGAGUGAGAAUUUCUUUUUUAUGAAAAGGGAUAUAGAGGCACCGAACUGAUGCAGUAUUUGUAAUAUUAAAUUGACCUAAUAUGGUAUUUGCAUGAGUCACAAUUGAAGAGUUUUGAGCAGUUUUGUAACUUGACAUUUAGGAAAGUAUCAUAUUUAUUCUCAUCUUUUGUAUUCAUGCUUAGUAUACUAUAGAGGAGACCAGCUUUACUCCUUCUGUCAUUUAAAGCAAUACAAUAAGGGUAUUCCAUAAUUGGAUGCCCUGAAUUUCUGGAUGAGAAAAUUUUUAAUUCUGGCCAUGAGAAAAAAACUGACCAGCUGUCUUUUUUUUUCCUUUUGUUUUAAAAUGAUGGUUUUUAAAAAAGCAAUAAUUAUUCAGACCUCACUAAAAUUCAUUUUUGUUUUUAUAUUGUUAUGUCAUAAGCUCUAAUAUGUUAUUCUGACAAGUAGCAAUUCCACAAAAUUUUUAUGUAGGUGUUAUGCACAUUAUCUUCGCUUCUUUUAUUAGACUAGUGUUGACUUUAGGGGAAAGUUUAUUCACAGACAAGUGGUGGGCACAAAGUAGAAAUGGAACUGUCUGAUAACUUACAAGGAUCCUUUAAAACUGCCAAGGGAACCUGCAAUUUGAAGCCAAAUUCUACAGAUGGGCACUUGGCGCCAUCUUCAUAUGGUUCAUUCUCCUGAAUGAAUAUUCAGCAGUGUUGAAUGUGCUAGCCAUUGGGAACGCAAAACAAGAUCCCUGAUGCAAGGAACUUCUUUUCAAGCGCAGGAGGCUGGCACGGAGAUAGACAUUCCCAGGAAAAUGAGAUCUGUGAUAGAUUAGAAGCCCUGACAGGUGAAAUGGGAGCGCCCAGGAAGGAGGCUUUGCCUGAUGAUUUCCAGCGCCCCCAAGGCAGGCACAUGACUAAAAACAGAUGGGGCAGCAGCUUCGUGUGGCCCCGGGCACAGCGGCAGCUAGGAUGGCUGGAGAGUAGAGUGGUUCUGUGGGUUGCACAAAAAAUAAAACAUGUUUCCUGUUUUCUAGACUGACUCUGGAUCUGAUAGGGACCGUAGACAUGAUAUAGACGAACUCCCCCGUCUUUCACAAGAGGAAGGAGUCUUCAGGAGUUAGCUGUUUUUCAUUCUGUUUUGAAGGAAACCAUGUACCCACCUUAAACCUGCAUUUGAGAAGACACUUCGCAGCUGAAGGAGGCCACACAAUUCAUGGAAUUGCUUUAGAGGCAGACAAAUUGGUCUUUGACUAUUGCAUAGAGUUACAGAGCUGGGUCCUUUGGCCCGUGCUCCGUGUGUAGAUAAGGCAACAAAUGCAGAGUUUCCGUGACCCUUGCACGGUCACAAAGCUGUUUAACUGUGACCCCUACAUCCCCAACAUUUGCUUGUCCCCCUCUGCUGCCUUCCCAUGACUGCCGUCUAUUUCCUUGCUCCACUCACUUGCGAUGCUAUUAAAAUGUAAAUUACAGUUCCCUUGGAAGAGCCAGGUUUUCUCUGUGCUCUUGAGUUUUUUACUCAUUCAAGAAACAUUGGGCCACCGCUUUGUACAUAGCACUGUGCUAGGCUCUGGGAUCCCAAAUGAACCCCUUGAACUUGCUAAAGUUGCAACAGACCCCCCCGGAGGAAAGUCAUUCCUGCCUACUCCAUCGAGAGGAAGGGGCUUGUGAAAAACCUGGCCUCUGAUGCUCAUCCCCGCCCCCAAAUAGCACGCAAGCUUGUUAAUCUCAACUAUAACAAAUGUUUAGAUUCUGUAGAUGUUAAAAGCUUUCCUGCAAGUAUUCCAUUGCGCAGUGUUUAUAGACAUUCAGUUUCCUCCGGAGCUGUUUAACUACUGACAUGCCUUGGCUUUCUCAUCCAGAAAUUUUGGAAACAGGGUCUGUCAGUGGUAGGAGGCCAGGCUGUGUUCUAGUCAGAUGACACAAUGCAGUUUCCUGGCCUCUAUACACCUGUGCAUGCUGCCCACCCUAGACAAUGACAUAUAAGCAGUAUAUAGAUCAGUGUCCACAUAUAUACACAACACACACACACACACAUAUAUAUGAAGUGUAACAACACUAAAACAGUGUUGACUCUUGUCUCUGAAGACAAAUAAUUAAACAUUUUUUCCUACUAAAGAGUGGAUGUAAUUAAACUAUGUAUUGAAAACAAUAGCCUAAGUGUUUAGAGAUGGUGACUAUAUCCAGUUUUAGUGAAAAAACCAAUUUCCUGAAUUUUAAGCAUUCAGUGAGUGAGCUGCCAAUUUUGGUUUUGUGUUGCUCUUUACCCAAAUGACUUUUUUUUUUUUUUUUUUGGAGUAAGGGGAAAAAAGCAGCAAUACUCUGUUUGCAAAUUAUUCUCUGUAUUUGGCUCUCCUGUAUGUUAACCACGUAAAUGUUAUUAUCCUGCUUCGGUUUUAUAGUGGUUGUGAGGCAUUCAAUGCAAGUAUACAAUUAUUUUCUCAUUAAAA